GCUUGACGCUGCCAUGUAAAGGCACCUUAAGGUUGUUUAUUAAAUGGCGCCAAUUUGUUUAGUAACUGGCUACUGAAGAGAAAUUUGACAACUGGCAUUAAUAUAUUUUGAAUAAUUAGUGUAUAUUAUACAAAAUGACACAGUCUACACAGAUGAUAGAAACUCUUGAUGAUUGUUUCGUGAAAACAGCGGAUAAUAUUAUGAAACACUACGCUGAUAAAGAAGAGAGAAAGAAAAUAUUGGAAGAAUUAAGAGAUGUCUUAAAAGAAAAUUGUAGUGGAUCUGCAAGAAUAGUGGCUGCAAAUGAGAUCAAAAAGCAACUAGAACUCACUUUUGAUCCAGAAUCCAGAAAUGUCGAAGAUAUUAUAAAAGAAUAUAAGGAGGCUGUAUCUAACAUCCAAGUUGAUUCAUCAAAAUAUAACAGAUUAUUGGAGUAUGAUCGGCAGAUUGAAAUAUUGCUUCAAGCUAAUGAAGAUGCAUCUAAUAAUGAACUGGAAGAAGACACAGACGAAGAUUUGCGAUUGACAGGUCAAGACAUAAACGUGAUUGAUCCAAUUUCUAAAACAAGGAUGACCCAUCCAGUGAAAAAUACAGUCUGUGGUCAUGUAUAUGAUAAAGAAAGCCUUAUCGCAAUGUUACGUAAAAAUAAAAAUACCAGAUGUCCCGUGGUAGGAUGCACCAGCAUAGACUACAUAGACUUAAACCAAUGUCGCACUGAUAUUGUGACAAAAAAGUUCCUGGAACGAAACCCUGCUUAGAUUUGAAAGCAAAUGAUGUAAGAAUCUAUGUUAGAGAUGCAUUGAUUAUACAUAUUGUGAAUAUAUAUAUAUAUUCUUAUGUUUAUAUUUUUUAUACAAAAUAGCUAUUCUUUUUAUAUUAUGCAAAACUUGUUUUCAUGUUCAAUUAAAUAUUCGUCAAUAAAAUGUAGGAAAUGGUA